GGUUUCGAACGGGAAGAAAGAAAAACACGCUUGUUAUUUCAGUGAUAAAAUAGCGAAUUUACAACAAAGACAAAACCAGAUCAGUAAAUGCCAACAGAUAUGUCGGAAGCCCCUGGACCUGCCAACCACCGACUUAAAUCAUACAAAAAUAAGGCACUUGACUCCCAGGAAUUGAGACGCAGGAGAGAGGAAGAAGGAAUUCAACUUCGUAAACAGAAAAGAGAUGAACAACUUUUCAAACGGCGAAAUGUAUCUGUGCCAUCAGGAUCUGAUGAAAUGUCUGUGGGAGACGUGCAGGAAGCCACUGUGUCAUCAACCCUCACUGGUGGCAUCAGUACAGAGAUGGUUCAAGCUUUAUACAGUGAAAAUGUUGAGGAAUUAGAAGCUGCAACUCAAAAAUUUAGGAAACUGUUAUCAAGAGAACCAAACCCACCGAUAGAUGAAGUGAUACAAACUGGAAUUGUCCCACGUUUUGUAGAGUUCCUACAGAGAGAUGGAAGCUGGACACUGCAGUUUGAGGCAGCAUGGGCUUUGACAAACAUUGCUUCAGGAACUUCGCUACAGACCCGUGUUGUCAUUGAAGCCAGGGCUGUACCUAUCUUCAUCAAACUCCUCAGUUCCGAAAUCGAGGAUGUGCAGGAACAAGCUGUGUGGGCGUUAGGAAACAUUGCUGGUGACAGCCCUGAAUGCAGGGACUAUGUACUUAAUGAAGGAAUACUUGUACCAUUAUUACAAUUGUUAAGCAAAAGCAACAGUCUGUCAAUGACAAGGAAUGCAGUGUGGUGUCUAUCUAACUUAUGCCGAGGCAAAAAUCCACCACCAGAGUUUGCAAAGGUAUGUCCUGCUCUGCCUGUGUUAGCACGGCUGCUGUUCCACACGGACAAGGACGUCUUGGCUGACUCGUGUUGGGCUCUUUCCUAUCUCUCAGAUGGACCCAACGAAAAGAUCCAGGCUGUUAUAGACUCUGGGGUGUGUCGCCGACUUGUAGAACUUUUAAUGCAUAAUCAUAUAAGCGUGGUGGCAGCAGCGCUACGCGUUGUAGGAAAUAUUGUCACAGGAGAUGACUGUCAGACUCAGGUGAUACUCAACUGUUCUGCACUGCCCUGUCUCCUGCAUCUUCUCAGUAGCCCGAAGGAAUCCAUCCGGAAAGAAGCCUGCUGGACAAUAUCAAACAUCACUGCUGGAAAUAGGAUGCAAAUACAGAACGUGAUAGACGCCAACAUUUUCCCAGUGUUGAUAGAUAUCCUGGGUAAAGCUGAAUUUAAGACACGGAAAGAAGCUGCCUGGGCCAUAACAAAUGCUACGUCAGGGGGAUCCCCAGAACAGAUUAGGUUUCUGGUGGAGCAAGGCUGCAUAUCUCCACUGUGUGACCUGCUCACUGUCAUGGACAGCAAGAUUGUCCAAGUGGCUCUCAACGGACUUGAGAACAUCCUCCGACUUGGUGAACAAGACUCGAAACACAAUAAUGGAAUCAACCCCUAUGCUGUGAUGAUUGAAGAGUGCUAUGGACUUGACAAGAUCGAGUUCCUCCAGAGCCAUGAGAACCGAGAUAUCUAUCAGAAAGCGUUUGACAUCAUUGAAAAAUACUUUGGAACAGAAGAAGAGGAUCGUGUCAUUGCUCCUCAGAUGGAUGAAAACCAACAGCAAUACCAGUUUGGAGUUCAGGCUCAAAACAAUCCAGUGGGUGGCUUCCAGUUCUAGACUCUGUGUUCUCCACCCUUCAGCAUCUGACAGUCCUACAGGUUCCACCUGUAUAGUUAUGGGGCGGAGUGUUGACUAUUUUCGUUGUACCACAGUUGGAGCGCCUCGCUCUGGACGCUCAACUAGUCAGUCCACUGCCAUAUCACUGGGAAGAUCAAAGAUUCUUUAUCUUGUUAAACCUCAUUAUUCCACAGGACUUGCUUCCAGCAGCAGCAAACUCUAGAUUCCUUGCCGAGUUUCAAGUAGACUUAAACAAUGUGGUGCCACUACAAAAAGUGCUGUUCAGGACACCACUCUUUAACCAUCUCACACUUUGAUCUCUUCAGACAAGGAAAUUCAAGGGAAACCACAGAAACAUGAAACCAGAGGACUCUGUGAUGUAUUAGGAAGUGGGUGGAGUUGGGAAUCGAGUGUGAUGGGGAACGAAAUAAGGGCCUAGGGAGGGUAAGGAUUCAAUCCAAGAGAUCAUAUAAGAAGGGGGUGUGUUCAUAGGGCAGCCACUGAAUGUCAUGUGUAUAUUGUGAUUGAAGGGCUAGUCGGGCUGCCUAUGGGUAUGGGAAGGGAUUGGGGGGGCAGGGCUUGGUGAUGUUGCAGAAGGGGUGGGGAUAAGGAUUUCAAGAGAAGCAAUCUCAUUUCGGAGUGAAAUGUAUUCUGAAUCAAAAUUAGGUCCAUCUUUUUGGUAUUUCAGAUUCCAAUUUAAGAUUAUUAUUUUUGUGCCAUGCCUAGUUAAUUUGUUAAUUUGUUGGUUGAAUUUUAUUGAGUUGAUGAUUUAUUCUUGACCUACAAGUAUAAUAUCAUCUGAAUGGAAUUCACCCACAAAUGUUUUGAACCCUUAAAUAGCUAGGAAAGACUGCAGUAUAUUUAGGAUACCAUCUGUCAUUUCUAGUUUGUUAGAAAACAAUCCUCAUAAUGAGUAUGAUGUAAAUUUGAAUGAUUUGUACUUUGAUUAUUUAUGUUUGGUUAUUUAUCAUGCAUUUCGACAACAAAGAAAUGGAUGACACCAAAACCAAAAAAGCCCUUGUAUUGUCGUGCGAAUUUUAAUUGAUGUCAAUGAAUUAUUCCUGACUUAUUUGUAUUUAGAUAUCCAAAGAUGGCAGCUUGAUGCACGCCUGUUGUAAAUUUGUCAGAAAACCCUUAUUCAGGAUAACCAUGUGUACAUUGUUGUUAAACUGAUGCAUGGUACACUGGAUCCAAGUUCUCCAAGUAUAUGGAGGAGAAGGUAUUUAGUCUUGCUUCCAUAAAAGACUUCUCGCAUUUACGACAAUGGAAGAUAUUUUUAUGCAAGACUACCAGUUUUCAAUGGAACAAAUAUUGUUUUGUGGAUAGAGCUGCCAUCUUUGGUGCAAUGCAGUUUCAUAAGUCAUGCAUCUGACCUCCCUUAAAAGCAUUUAUUAAUUGCUGACGUUAUUGUCAGGCAUUAAUUAAUCUUUAUGCGAUUUCGAUUACCCAGCUGACCCUAUUCUUGGAUGCUGCUGCUCACAGUUUCAUUGACAUCUUCAUCUAAACAAUUAUUUCCAUUUUAUAUGAAAACAAUGACACAUAUGUCAUGAUCAUCUGGCUAUAGAUUAACCUUGACUUUGAAUUCGGUGUAAUCGGAAUCACAUUAAUAUUUAUUGAUGGCAAAGUUAACAUUUGCAUGUAGUGGUUCAUCUGUGAUGUGCAAUAUGAAAAAGGCCAUAGUAAAUGUAACCCAAUACUAACCUUAAGUGAUAUGAAUAGACUUGACUGACUUUUUGAGGCUGCAUUGAUAUUUUGUUACUUACUAUUUAAUAAUGCUGACUCUGCAUCUGAACUAUGUUGUUUGUAGAUAUGAUGAUAGUGGGAAGUUAGGUAUUUUGCUUGUAACUGUGUAGGGAUAUGCAGUAGUCAGGAAGACAGGAGCAGCCAGGCGACACAUCAGCAGCUCGUACACUUGGAGGAGGGCGAUGGUUGAAGAUAAUUUGAAGUACUCAAUAGUUGUGUAUCGUGUAUAGUAGUUCCUGACUGUUGUCAUUGCCCUACCUGUUACAUGGUCUUGAGUGAUGGCCACAGUCGCACCCUUUCCCGGACUGCUUUGUACAAUGAGAGAAAAGGAUGAGGAUGGCAGUGGUCUUUGAAAGGGUGAACAAAACUAAAACCGAGUGACACUUAAAUGUAAAAAUAUUUUUAAGGUUAAACUGCGUUGCAGAUGUAGAUGAUUCAGUGUUAAUAACGCAUGUGUAAAUCACAAAAGACAUUGGUUUGCGCGUGGCCAUCACUAGACCGUGUGUUACAUCUGCAGACAUGCAUACACAUGUACACACAGCUAGGAUAACAACAGAAAAGACAAACUUACAACAACCAAGAUGCAUCACAGGCAUUGACACACAUGUCACAUCUAGCAUGCUGGAUACAAUGGUGGACAGUUGCCCAGGUUCUUUAGCCAUUUACACCAAAGACUUGCCAAUUUCUGGGUUUGGGACAUUUGAUAGACAAGAUUCUCUGGUACUGUAGCAUUCCAUGGUUGUAGGUGGUCGAAGCAUGCUGUUUGUGAUGUGCAUGUUUCACACUGUAGACGACGUGGGUGGGGUUGCAACUUGUGGGAAAUGUUGUGACAUGUCUCGAUUUGUUUCCGCAAGAGUUAAGAGCAGAUAACUCUGUCUGGCUUACACCAUCUGUGAUAGUAGGUGAGGGAGUUGGGUGCCCAGACAGAUACAUUUUCGGGGGGGAAAAGGAGCAAAAUGUCUUUGCUUUGUUUAAAUAUGAUGGUGCUAAUAAUACUCCAUUAUGUGAGUGGUGAUUUCUCUGCCAAGAAUGUUUUUGAAGCCAUGAUUAGGUUUUGAAAAUGUCGGGGAAAUAUCCGGCAAGUGCCUGAUAAAUAUUAAAGGGUGGGCUCUCGCAUAACAUUAAUAUGUACAUAAGAAAAACCCUGGCAUUUUUGUAUGUACAUGUACAGACAGGCAUUCACUGACACAUUGCCAAACUUUUACUAUAAAACAGUCCCACACAAGUACAUGCCAUCCACCAACAUGACAUACAUCUUGUGUGUAGACAAAACAAUAAAAUAUAUCAGUUCAA